CGCAUACACAGCAUAGCCAUUAGCCCCAGGACGCCAAUCCAUCCAUCCAUCCAUGGCUAUCUCGCUUUCUCUCUCCAACUUCCGUUCCUUCCUCUUGCCUUCAAAUCCACCUCCCAAAACCUCACCCCAAUUCUUCUUCUCUUCUCCACUAACUCAAUCUUUAUCUCGAAAGUCUAAGGAUAAGUUGACUCCACUGGUGGCUCAACAGGGUCAUUGUGCUUCUUUGUCGGCCGAAUUGUCCUCGGUUAUCUGCCCAGCUGCUGCGUAUGCGAAUACCCUUUUCUUUAAAUCGGCUUACAAUGUUCAGGUGAUCGUGGAUGAUAACGAGCCUGAAGAGAAGCUGUUGAAUAGGUUCAGGAGGGAGGUUAUGAGGGCUGGUGUCAUUCAAGAGUGUAAGAGGAGGAGGUUCUUUGAGAACAAGCAAGAUGAGAAGAAACGCAAGUCUCGUGAGGCUGCUAAGCGUAAUAAGAGAAGGCGCUUCUCAUCAAGACCUCCAACUCAAAACAAGCAGGAAACAUCAACAAGCAAGAAGGACGAGGAUGAUGAAGAUAACUGGGACAUGCCUGAAGGAGACGUUCCCUAUUAAAUAUAUUACCCUCCCUGUUAACUGUAGAAUUUUCACAUUUUCAUUGUGAGAGGCUUGUUUGUUCCAUCAAAGCCGGUCAAUUAAAUCAUGUUCUUUGACUUAACCUUUUUGCAUCUUCAUUUUGUUACUUUUGUAUCUAAGAUAAUUAUAUAUCUCAUUCUUGAAUCAGUUUGAGGACACUUCAUGUAAUUGUGUUCUAGGUUCCUGAAUCAUUUAUCGGACAGCUGUCUACUUCUGGAACAGGUAAAGACUACUGUUUUCACCCGUCCUAUGCACCCUUGUAAGAAAUUAUGUAAAUCCAGUUUCUUGUUUUGCAUCA